GUAAUUUUGGAUGCUUAAUGAUCCGAGAUAUAUUUUCAGGUCUGUAGACUUCGCCCCUACCCAGAAUGGCUCAAUCUCAAUACCCGAACGAAACCCUUGUAAACCCAAACACUCCGGCACAACUUUCGGCUGCUUCGGUUCCGGCGACCUCUUCUACCACGGCGUCGCCUCCAGGGGCAGCUGCAGCUGCAGCCUCGGCUAUGCCAUCAGUGAUCGAAGAUCCGCCUCGGUCGAACACGUUGAAGCGUCCUCGAGAAGAUGACAGUGAGGCGGAAGCCGCCGGUACAUCCGUUGAUGCUCCGGCACUGAAACGGCGGGUCAAGGUCACUCAGGACGUCCUUUACCGUAUAGUGGUGCCGUCGAGGCAGAUUGGGAAGGUUAUUGGUAGAGUUGGGCAUCGAAUUCAGAAGAUUCGUGAAGAUACCAAAGCAAAUAUUAAAAUAGCGGACGCUAUAGCUCGGCAUGAAGAAAGAGUAAUCAUCAUAAGUUCAAAAGACAGUGACAACAUAUUUUGUGAUGCUGAGAUGGCCCUUCAUCAUAUUGUCAAUUUGAUCCUUAAGGAUGAUGAUGUUAACGUUGAGCCACAGAAAGUAGCAGCUGGGCAUGUUGCUGCUAAUACAAUUAGGCUCUUAAUUGCUGGUACGCAAGCUGGUGGUUUGAUUGGACUGAAUGGUCUAAAUAUUGAGAAACUAAGGAACUCCUCUGGAGCUUCUAUUACGGUUCUUGCUCAAAGUCAGUUACCUUUAUGUGCAUCUGCUCAUGAGUCUGAUCGAGUGGUGCAGGUUUCUGGAGACAUUGAUACAGUCCUGAAGGCUGUUGUGGAGAUUGGAUGUCAACUGAGGGAUAAUCCACCUAAACAAGUAAUUUCCAUCAAUCCAUCCUAUACUCCCGGCUUCAAUCGCCAACCUCAUCAAUACGUUGAUCCAGCUUCAGCUGAAUAUGUAAAUCUGGAGAUUAUGGUUCCUGAAUCAAUGGUUGGAGGCUUAAUUGGACGGUGUGGUUCCAACAUUUCAAGA